AUGGAUGUGCCAGUUAAUGUUCCUAUUGAUGACCCUAAUGCGGACACUGAAUGGAAUGAUAUACUCCGCAAACAUGGGAUUAUACCUGAGAAACCGCCAUCGCCCACGCCGAUAAUAGAAGAAGCUAUCUUAGACGCCCGUCGAAGAGAACAUGAAAACCGACUUGAAGAUAAAGAUCUAGAUGAACUAGAUGCUCUGGAGGACGAGGAGGACGAGGAGUUCCUUGAAGCGUACCGCAAAAAGCGCAUGAAGGAACUCUCGCUAUUACAAAAAGCAAGCGUUCAUAACCAAGUAUAUCCCCUCCAGAAACCCGACUAUUCCAGAGAAGUCACCGAGGCAUCGUCGCAGUACUUUGUGCUCGUGAACCUUACCUCGUCAACGAGUACGAAUGUUGAAUCGCGAAUCUUAACUGAGAUAUGGCGACAACUUGCAGAGAAAUACGGAGACAUUAAGUUCUGUGAGAUGCGCGCCAGCAUGUGCAUCGAGGGUUAUCCGGAGAAGAAUACUCCGACGAUUUUGAUUUAUAGAGAUGGAGACAUUAAAAAGCAAAUCGUCACGCUUAGGGAACUUAAUGGGCUUAAGACCAGAGUUCAAGAUAUCGAACGAGUCCUCGUCUCUUUGGGUGCGAUACAAGAGAAUGACAGCCGCCUUAAAAAGAAGUCAGAUACUCCAAAAGGGAACUAUAGCGACGAGGAAUAUCUUGAUGAUUGGGAUUGAGAAACCGGCAAAAGUUGAUUGCAAUUGAGUAAUAUGCGCUUAUAUCACGAUCAAAUGACGGUCCAUAAAAACUGUCCAUUUUGCGGAACAGUUGGAGUGCAGUACUGCCAUUUUUAUCGCCGAUAACCACGGGCUCCAGAACUGCAAGAACACGUUGCGAUUACAUGGAGCCCACGAGUCGAUUUUAAGUGGGCAUUAUAGCAAUGUAUAUGCAAUACAAAGUAUGCCCUGUAUGUAAGCAGAAAACACAUAGCAUGUCCUGCCAGGACGGCCAUAACUUCACGAGAAAUGUGACAAGAUAAGCGGGG